GUAUUGUGUGGUUGGGGCCCUUCGAAGAGGUUUGUCUCGUUCCGUCCUCUCUUCUGCUUUCCUUUUCAAUUCAAAAAAUAUAUUUGUGACUUUUGAAUACGCCAAAUCAAGCCAGCGAAGCUUUUUCAGAAUCAGGCCUUGGGGAUAUAUUCUCCACACACAGGCCACCGAGAGAGAGAGAGCAGCGCAACGCCACUGUAUUGCCGCCGGCGGCAGACAGCUUAAUCUUAGGUGGCUACCUGCAUUGCCGGAAAAUAAAUAUAGUUGUUAAAAUGGAUCUCAGCCUUCUGGGCUCCGUUUUAGCAGCCUUUUUCGGGUUUUUCAUUUUUUGUCGUUAUGGAUUGUCGAGGAAAAAGGAAAAUAAUGUUGCGGCCCCGGCCACCACCAACACGACCGCCAUUUGCGAAGGAGAAUGCGAAUCUAAGGACGGCGGCGAUGACAUCAUCAUAGUCGGUGCCGGAGUUGCCGGCGCAGCCUUGGCUCACACUCUGGGGAAGGAUGGGAGACGUGUCCGUGUGAUUGAAAGAGAUUUGACGGAGCCUGACAGGAUUGUUGGUGAACUUUUACAACCAGGUGGUUACUUGAAACUACUUGAGUUGGGACUUCAAGAUUGCGUGGAAGAAAUUGAUGCUCAGAAGGUGUUUGGAUAUGCCCUAUUCAAGGAUGGAAAAGCCACUCGUCUUUCUUAUCCUUUGGAAAAAUUCCAUGCUGAUGUAUCUGGGAGGAGCUUCCAUAAUGGACGCUUUGUACAAAGACUGCGUGAGAGAGCUGCUUCUCUUCCAAACGUCCGACUGGAGCAAGGAACCGUAACAUCAUUGCUUGAGGAAAAUGGGACUGUUAGAGGAGUACAAUAUAAGACAAAAUCUGGUGAGGAGUUGAAAGCUUACGCGCCUUUGACCAUAGUGUGCGAUGGAUGCUUUUCUAACUUGCGACGCUCACUAUGUGAUCCAAAGGUAGAUGUUCCGUCUUGCUUUGUUGGUUUAGUCCUCGAGAAUUGCCAACUCCCUUUUUCAAACCAUGGACAUGUGAUCUUGGCUGAUCCUUCUCCUAUACUGUUUUACCCUAUAAGCAGCAAUGAGGUCCGCUGCUUGGUCGAUGUUCCUGGUCAGAAGGUGCCUUCUAUAUCAAAUGGUGAAAUGGACAAAUAUUUGAAGGAUGUGGUUGCUCCACAGAUCCCUGUUGAACUGCAAGAUGCGUUUUUAGCAGCUAUUGAAAAAAGAAAUAUUAGGAGUAUGCCAAACAGAAGCAUGCCAGCAGCUCCUCAUCCGACUCCAGGUGCUUUGCUUAUGGGGGAUGCAUUUAACAUGCGCCACCCAUUGACUGGAGGUGGGAUGACUGUGGCCUUAUCUGAUAUAGUCGUCUUGCGUAAUCUCCUUAAGCCUCUGCAUGACUUGCAUGAUGCCUCUUCUCUCUGCAAAUAUCUUGAAUGUUUCUAUACUCUGCGGAAGCCUGUGGCAUCCACAAUCAACACAUUGGCCGGUGCCCUUUACAAGGUGUUCAGUGCCUCACCUGAUCAAGCACAAAACGAGAUGCGCCAGGCAUGCUUCGACUAUCUGAGCCUCGGGGGUGUGUUCUCAAACGGGCCCGUCUCGUUGCUUUCGGGCUUGAACCCUCGCCCAUUGAGCUUGGUUUGCCAUUUCUUUGCAGUUGCAAUUUAUGGUGUCGGCCGCCUAUUGUUGCCCUUCCCCUCGCCCAAACGAAUGUGGAUUGGAGCUAGAUUAGUCUCGAGUGCAUCUGGAAUAAUUUUCCCUAUCAUCAAGGCCGAAGGAGUCAGGCAGAUGUUCUUUCCGGCAACUGUCCCUGCUUACUACCGAGCUCCUCCAGCUAACUAAUCGAGUCAGGUGGAUUGCAGCUUGUUAUCAAGCAUUUGCAGUUUGGAUAUCUGGAAUUUGGUUUUGGGGAGAGUGAAAACUUUCUAGCAAAAGAUGUGAAAUUUGCCAAGUGUUUGUACCUGAUUUGCACUCCUGUUUCUGUUCUUUUGUAGUUUUGUCUUGCAAUUUAUUAGUAGUUUUCACUGUAAUUUGGUUGCGUUAUUCACAGUUUUUUGGAUUUGGUCUUGUAAAUACGCCUUCCCCUCUUACGUUCGGUUUUAAACUUUCAAGACACUGCAAUUGUGUACAAGUACAUUUUUGCUAGUUCAGAACUGAUGUUUUGUUGCAAUUUUUCUUUGAAGAGAAAACUCAUCUUGUCGUAGCCUAGCAAUGGCUAUAAAUGGCAUAACCGGAGCUUGAUUUGGU